AUGACUUUGAGGAAGGUGCUUGGUCUCCCUAUUCUCCAGAAUCUUCAAAUGUCCAAUGAUGAGAGCAAUCACCUCACAGACUUGUACCGAAGAGAUGAAACCAUCCAGGUGACAGGCAGCGGUCACGUGCAGAGUCCUCGCUUCCCCAAUAGCUAUCCCCGGAACCUGCUUCUGACAUGGCGGCUCCGCUCCAAGGAGAAAACACGGAUACAACUGGCCUUUGAUCAUCAGUUUGGACUAGAGGAAGCAGAAAAUGAUAUUUGUAGGUAUGAUUUUGUGGAAGUUGAAGAUGUGUCUGAAACUAGUACCAUCAUUAGAGGAAGGUGGUGCGGACACAAAGAAGUCCCCCCAAGGAUAACCUCAAGAACAAACCAAAUUAAAAUAACGUUCAAGUCUGAUGACUACUUUGUGGCAAAACCUGGAUUCAAAAUUUAUUAUUCGUUUGUGGAAGAUUUCCAACCCGCAGCAGCCUCAGAGACCAACUGGGAAUCGGUCACAAGUUCUAUCUCUGGGGUGACCUAUCGCUCUCCAUCGGUAACAGACACCACUCUCACUGCGGAUGCCCUGGACAAAACAAUUGCAGAAUUCGAUACUGUGGAAGAUCUGCUGAAGCACUUCAAUCCAGAGUCUUGGCAAGACGAUCUGGAGAACUUGUAUCUGGACACCCCUCACCAUAGAGGCAGGUCAUACCAUGAGCGGAAAUCAAAAGUGGACCUGGACAGGCUCAACGAUGACGUCAAGCGUUACAGUUGUACUCCCAGGAAUCAUUCGGUCAAUCUCAGGGAGGAGCUGAAGUUGACCAACGUGGUCUUCUUUCCCCGCUGCCUCCUGGUGCAGCGCUGUGGAGGAAACUGUGGCUGUGGAACCAUCAACUGGAAGUCCUGCACGUGCAGUUCAGGGAAAACGGUGAAAAAGUAUCACGAGGUAUUGAAGUUUGAGCCAGGCCAUUUCAAGAGAAGGGUCAGAGCUAAGAAGAUGGCUCUUGUUGAUAUCCAGUUGGAUCACCACGACCGGUGCGAUUGUAUCUGCAGCUCAAGACCACCUCGAUAAAACAAUGUGCACGUACUUAAAUUAAGCACGAAGGAACCUUUAGUUUAAGGAAGAUGUGCUAAGGGACACUUGUCCCUCAGCAGCCAAACUUGCUUCUAGUCUGCAAUGUAAUGAAUAAAGGUGAAACCUCGCUUUAUUAGUGCCAUGGCAAGCCAAAGGAUGUAGCAUCAACUUCUAUAGCCAUGAAUAUAAGAAUGCAUUUUAAUAGCAGUAUACAAGGAUGUGUAUACGUACCCAGGUACAUGUCUGUUGCCGUGUGUGUGUGUGUGUGUGUGUGUGUGUGUGUGUGUGUGAGUGUAAAUAGAUCAACUGUUCAGUAUUUUUAACCAGGUCUGCCAGAGAUAACAAAUGAUUACAUUAUUAGACUCUUGAUACUUUGCCAAAAUACAAAAUGUGUCAAAUACCUGAAACAUUUCCUUAUGGCAUUCAGAAGAUAAAUUUCUUUUUUAAGCUUUUAUCACAAAACAUUUUAGGUCUUGCUGUCGUACAGAAAGCAUUUUGUUCAUUAAAAACAAAAGAUGAGACUUUAUUAUGCAUAUACCUUAAUUAUAAGAAGGAAAAAACAUAUAGUAAAUACUUUAAAUAUCCCCACGAAACGCAGUGCACACAAAUGUGGACCGAAAUUACCUGUCUCAGAAACUAUACCAAACUAACAUUGGAGGGUUAGAAGUCAAAGCACUAAGUUCCCUUUUUAAUGUAUAUUUAUAUUGAAUUUUUGUG